CAUUCCCCUGGAGCAAUGACGUUAGAGAGAGUCCUGAAGGACCUGGGGACCGGCUUCCUGAGCCUGGAGAGGGGCUUCGUCUUCGGUCCCCAGGGGCAGCUGCUCCGGAGGAACAUCGAGGAGCUUUGGUACAGGCACUGCGUCGUUCAGCCGCCUUACAAUGUCUUUCUGUCAGCCCCAGACAGGAUCUCCGAGACCCUGGGGACCCUCUGGAGGGCGGGGGCUCUGCAGAAGCCGUUCGGAGUGGCCGUCCUGGAGGAGGCGAGGACUUCUUGGAAUGGGAGCGUCCUCCCCGAGGGCUGCAGGGUGCCCUCCCACAGCCUGGGCAGGGUCACGGUGGUGACCGAGGCCACUGGGGCCAAGGACCUCUACCACAGGAAGCAGAGGGAGAGGAAGGUCUGGUGGAGGAAGUUCUCCAGGGAGCCCAAGAGGUUCCAGUUCACCGAGGCCAGGAGGAUCAGCAAGAGCAAGGAGGUCAUUGAGGUCCAGGCCCAGUUCGCAUUUGGGGGCGUUGUGCUGGAGACCAUCUGCUAUCAGCAGGAUGCCAAGAGGAUUUUUAAAGAGCGAAACGAGAUUGAAAAGUUCCUGGGCAAUGUCCACACAGUCGAGCACACCGCAUCCCUAGACUGGGCCUGUCUAGCCUUCCUCUGCGACGCCUACACUCCCGCCGACGCCACCACCCCCUGCCAGCUAAAACUCCACCCAAAGUUCACCCCCUACAAAGUGGGAUUCCAAAUCCACCCCCCUGACGACCCGGACUCCAAGUCCCAGGAAAAGUCUCGUUUACUCCUCUACUUGAACAACCUCGUGAAGGCGGAGGGCAUCGAAACAGUGGUCACAACGAGUGAAUGCGGCCUGACGGCCCUCCAGGUCCCCCUAGUCGUCGUCGUCGACGACACCACCCUUCAGAACGGCCUCAUCAGGGUCUGGAGCCAGCUGACAACUCUCCACGAGACAAUCCACAUAACACACCUCACAAAAUACGUGUCAGCUCGAUGCAGAUAAUAAAAAACACAAUUACGUUGUAGUCAUUAUUUUAAUUAAUUACUUUCAAUAAAAAUAGAACAACUUAAACAUUAGGGGCAGACAGAAA